AUGGAGCCAGAAAGCUUUGAAGCUGCUCAAAAGCAAGAAGUAUGGAGAAAAGCUAUGGACGAAGAGAUAAAGAUGAUCGAGAAGAAUGAGACUUGGGAGCUUGUAGAUCGCCCACAAGACAAAGACAUUAUUGGAGUCAAGUGGGUUUACAAGACAAAGCUCAACCCAGACGGCUCGAUUCAAAAGCAUAAAGCAAGGUUAGUCGCUACAGGAUACUCACAACAACAUGGAGUAGACUACAAUGAGACAUUUGCUCUAGGAAUUAAGCUAUCCAUGGAAGGAUUGAAGAAGAAAAAUUGGAAGUUUGGUUUGGAAGCAAAAGCUGAAGCUUUCCAGAUUGCUAAAAUUCAUGCUGCAGCAUGCUGGAACUCACUUGCUGACGUGGAAAUUAAAGACAGCUGUGUCAUUUCUUUUUAA